AUGGUAUCGACAACGACAUUGGACGUUGAGCCUCCUCAAAAAAGGUUAAGGCGCACUCAAACCCGUCUUACUGUGCCAAAAAAAAUAACGCAAAAUUCUGGUGAUAACGCUUUAAUUAAUCUGAUAGUAAAAGAUUUGCAGCCAUUUCAGAUAGUGGAAAAUUCAGGUUUCCAAGAAUAUUCGAAAGCAUUGAAUGCUGAUUAUCAAUUACCGAAUAGAAAACAAUUAGCUCUGAUGGUAGAUGAAAAAUACAAAUUGGUGUCCGAAUCUUUAAAAAAGGAGUUAGAAAAUAUAUAUCAUUUAGCGUUAACAUCUGAUAUUUGGACAUCAGACAGUAAUAAAAGUUUUAUAAGUCUGACUGCACAUUAUAUAUAUGAAUAUAAGUUGAAAUCUGUAGUUAUUUCGACUUCAGAAAUACAAAUACAGCACACGGCUGAGAAUAUUGCAUUGGCUAUCCAAGAGGUAAUGGACCAGUGGCAAAUAAGUUCAAAAGUAGUAACUAUUGUCACAGAUAAUGCUGCAGCUAUGAAAAAAGCAGUAAGUGAAUGUUUGACUAAGCGAAAUCAUUUUUGUGUUGCUCAUACACUUAACCUUGCGGUUAAAGACUGUAUAGAGAAAGAAACUUUUAAUUUAGCAGGAAACACUUCUAACUGCCAGCUACAAGAACUUUUAGCAAAAUGUCGAGCAAUUGUUUCGCAUUUUAAACAUAGCCCAAAAGCUUCUUAUGCCUUACUCAAAGUGCAAGAGCAAUUAAAUGUAAAUACAUUGAAACUCAAGCAAGACGUUAGGACUCGUUGGAAUAGUAUUUUUUAUAUGCUCGAACGUCUAUUAGAGGUUAAAAUACCUCUUUUUGCUACUUUUCCACAGCUGGAUUCAUCUCCACCAAAUCUGGAUUCCAAUGAAUGGUUAAUAAUGGAAGACGUGGUGGCACUUUUACGCCCUUUCGAAAAUGUUACUGUGAUUUUAUCAGGAGAAAAAUAUCCAAGUUUGUCUUCUGUAAUUCCUCUAGUACUUGGACUACGAAAUGCUAUAGAAAACAAGGCGCCAGUAACGGAAUUGGGUAAAAAUUUAAAACGAAGUCUUUCUGCAGUAAUAGAAAAACGACUUGCAGUAUAUAAGACUAAUAGAACAGCAUCAAAAGCCACCUUCCUCGACCCACGCUUCAAAAAAAAAGGUUUUACGUUAGAAAGUAAUGCCAAUAAUGCGCAAAUGUGGGUAAUCAAUGAAUUAUCAAACAUGAGCACCGAUCAAGUUCUACCUUCAUCUAGCCCAAAUAGCCCUAGUACUUCAAUUGUUUCUGCUGUUACAACUUUGGGUAAGGACGACAUUUGGGGAGUUGUAGAUAAGAAAAUCAUGGAGAGUUGUGUUCCCCCAACUUCAUACACUUCGGCAGCUAUGAUGGUUAAACAAUAUAUUGAAUUACCUUAUCUAGACAGAAAAUGCGAUCCACUUCAGUUUUGGAAUGACAAGAAAUGUUUAUUUCCGCGGUUAUCCAAAAUUGCCCAAAAAUAUCUUUGUAUACCAGCAUCAUCAGUCCCUUCAGAACGUUUAUUUUCAAAAGCUGGGAUUUUGUGCAAUGAUAGAAGAAACCGCCUAGCACCAAAAAAGGUUGACCAAAUCUUAUUUCUCAAUAGUAUUCCAUAA